CCAGAACCCCGGGAUCAUGACCUGAGCUGAAGGCAGACGCCCAACGACUGAGCAACCCAGACGCCCCGGUUUAUCUGGUACUUUCCCUGCCCGGACCCAGGCUCUUUGAAAAGCUGCCAGAAAGCCCGUCUCUCCGCUUCCUGCCCUCAGGCGGAACCUUAGAGCUCUUCACCUGGGCGGCAGAACGGCGCAACGGACCAACCUUUUCCGGUUAUGGCCGGAAGUCCUCCGAAAGGGGCGGCUUUGUGUCAGGUGACCGGAGUCUGCGUAGGAGGGAUCGCCGGUCUUACCGGACAGCCUGAAGGGACGGAGUGGCAGGGCACCGGACGAACGGAUAAGCUGGGGUGGCUUCAGCGGCGUUAGCUGAACAGAGGCAGGUGGUUUGUUUGAACCUGGUUCCAGUGAGAUCCACACACUUUCAGUGGUUGGAUUUUCCUGGGGAGAAUCUUCAGUCAGAGUCUGACAGCCAAGGAUGGCGAGCAAGGGGCCCUCGACCUCUGCAUCCCCUGAGAACUCCAGUGCAGGGGGCCCCAGCGGUAGCAGCAAUGGUGCUGGCGAGAGUGGAGGGCAGGACAGCACCUUCGAGUGCAACAUCUGUCUGGACACAGCCAAGGACGCCGUCAUCAGCCUGUGUGGCCACCUCUUCUGUUGGCCGUGUUUACAUCAGUGGUUGGAGACCAGACCUAACAGACAAGUGUGUCCAGUUUGCAAAGCCGGCAUCAGCCGAGAUAAGGUCAUCCCGCUCUAUGGCAGGGGCAGCACUGGGCAGCAGGACCCCAGAGAGAAGACCCCUCCCCGUCCUCAAGGACAGAGGCCAGAGCCAGAGAACAGAGGGGGAUUUCAAGGAUUUGGAUUUGGAGAUGGUGGUUUCCAGAUGUCUUUUGGAAUUGGGGCAUUUCCUUUUGGGAUAUUUGCCACAGCAUUUAACAUAAAUGAUGGGCGGCCUCCUCCAGCUGUCCCUGGAACACCCCAGUACGUGGAUGAGCAGUUCCUGUCACGCCUCUUCCUGUUUGUGGCCCUAGUGAUCAUGUUCUGGCUCCUGAUUGCCUAAUGCUGGGCUCCCAGCCUACAUCCAUGGCAGGGCCUCUGGACUGGUGACAUGCCACACCCACUCUUGAUGUUUGACUUCCUGGCUAAUCCUGAUCCCUGGAAUCGGUGGAGUCGGUAACACAUCAAGGAGUUUUGCUUCUCCAUCAGAGCUUAAGGACUCAAGACCAGUUGUCAAGGACUUUGGAGUAUGGCCACUGCUGUAAACACCCUGCUAUAACCUCAGUCCUUGGCAUUGAGUCAUCUCUCAUGAGUUACACCAUGAAAUCCUGUUCCAGCCAGCUCAGCAGGUCCUGACUCUGCACAAGAAAGAGGCAGGAAGAGAGAAACUGUCAGUACAAUUUUACCUGAGUUUAAUAUAAAAACAAAGGGAUGAGCCAAAUAGAAACUUUCUUUCAUCUCUUUAAAUACCCUUUGGUGAGUGGCCUCCAAAAUCAGUGGACUCCUCAUAUAGAGAGGUUCCUCCCUCUGUAUCCCAGUGCUGCUCUGCCCUAUCUCCUCCUCCUCAGCAGAAAUGCAAGAAAUUGCUGUCCUUAUAAAGAUCAUAAUUGCAGCAGCUAAAGCGGGAGUCACUUCAUGAAUUCACCAGAGAUCCAAAGAUCUUUUAUUGGCUCUGGGACAUGCUCAGUCUCUUUGGCUCCAGAGAGUGGCUUGAAUGACCUCCUGGUUUCCUGGAGUAGAUUAUCCCCAGAGACAUGUGGCUUCAGUCACAGAUUUCCCAUCAUCUUUCCUCCCCAAAUAUGCGCAUCUGCCAGAGGACGCACAGUGGAGACUACUGCUGAAGCUGGAACUGACUACUCAUUAGGAAAGACCUGCCAGUGGGGCUCUGGUGGUAUUUGGAGCUCUGAUGCAAGAACAACUGAACAAGCAGCCCUGUCCCCAAGGCUACAAAAGCUCUGGGUGCAUCCUCUCAGACCCACCCAAUGGAAACUGGCUGCUUUGUCACGUCAGCUCAGCUGCAUGUUGAAGACCAUCUUCCCCAGAAGCCAAAUUGUCCUUUAUGAAGAGGCAGGAGUGGGGAGACCCACAUAUGACCCUGGUUUUGGUAUAGCUUGGGUGGAUACCCCUGAAAACUUGUAUCUAUGCUAAAACCAGAGAGAAGCAUGAAACUGCCCAGCAAGCAACUCUUGAUGAUUUUUAAAGCCAGGCAGCAGGGCCUAGAGACCCUCAUCAUGGUGAUAUGGUGUGGUCUUCCCCAGGAAAUUUCCAGGGGAAAUCAUCUUCCCAAGCCCUUGACUUGUUUUUCCACUUCACAGACUUUUUCCUCAGAAUCUGAUUAAGGGAGUGAUUCCAGGCAGCAGGACAGUUCACUUGUGGAAUGGUUCUCACUGUGCUGGUCAGGCCUCUUCCUAGAAAUCCAGCCCCUUCCAGCAGAUUCCAGGGAUCGAAGGAGAUGGACUUCCUCUGGGGGCCUCUCUGUCACUUUACCAGUCCACACUGCUCCUGGCUCACCCCCAGCCAUAGCCAACAAAUGGUAGAAAGCCCCACCUAGUGCUUUUUUCCAGAUGUGGCUCUGCAUAGCAUGUGGAAACCAAGACCUUGAGGAAGAUGAGGGAAGUCUUCCUCCUCUCCUCUCCACAGGCCCCACCUCUUCCCCUCUGUACCUGUCAAUGCCAGAGUUCAGUGUUUAAUCAAACAAAAUCUAAGUAUUGAAUAGGUGGUUUUGUUUGCCGAAUCCAUUUGGUAGGACUAAGCCACCAGCUUUACAGGUCCCGGAUGGAUUUUAAACAUUCUUGGGACACCCACUCAAGAGUGCUCUUUUUAUCACCUCCUGGAAGUCCCCAAAGUUGGGGAACUGGGGUGGGGGGGUGGGAGGUGUCUGAAUUCUCAACAUAAGUGAAUUGGUGGGAUCGCUCAGUGUAGUAGCCCCACCUAGUGGUGAGAGAGAGGACUUCAGUCAGAUGGGCCCAACAGAAAUGGGUUUCCAGAAGAAAGGUUAAAAAAGGGUUGUGGGAUAGGAAGACAAAUCACUUGGACUCUCUAACAAAGUAGUAAGCCUAGGAGAACUCCACCAGCAAGGGCAUCCCAGGAACCUGUAAGCAGAGCCAGGCUGGUCAUGUGCCCUUUGAUUUUGAACCUUCUAGGUCCCCACUGACCCUCUACUGGGAGCUGGGGCAGGAGAGCCAACUUGGGACUGCUGGCCCAGCCCCAACAGGAAACCCCCUUCCCACCACCCCUCUGCAGGUUCACCACCUUGCCCCUCUGCCAAGGUAGUUUUCCUUUCUUUUGUGUGUUGUCUGUGUUCUUGGCCUCCACCCCCUCCUGCCACCUUUGUGGAUUAGGACCAGGUCCCACCCACAGUCAGAAAAUGACACCAUGUACAGUGGCACACCUUGACCAGUCACUAAUUUUCACUGUUGUGAAAGUGAUUUGAUUUAGAAUUAAACAAAUGGUUUUACAUUAC